UUACUACAAUUGUACUUAUCCUAUUUUGCUUUUUGAGUACAAUAUAAUCAAAAAACUCAAAAGAAUACACUCAAUCAUAAUUAAUUAAUGUAGAUUAUUAUUUUUUCUUUGUUAUAGCGGCUGAACAACAAGCAGCUAUUGUCAGUCGAAUGCGAAAAUUGGAAAGUUUAACAGCUAUCAAUAACGUAGUAUGUAUACAGUUUCGGCCGAGAGUAUCAUCGGAUGUGUAUUACAUUACUAUACGAAAUGGAGAAGGCUGUUACUCAUAUAUCGGACAAAAUACAGGAGUCACCAUGGAACGAACGGUUUCAUUAAAAUAUCCAGGUUGUUUCGAUGAUGGGAGAAUGAUGCACGAAUUUAUACAUACAUUAGGAUUCUACCAUGAACAAUCACGACCUGAUCGUGAUUCUUAUGUAAAAAUUAAUUGGAGGAACAUGCAAACAGAUAUGAGGUCCAACUUUGAAAAAUACGAUAAUACGGUGGUCAACACACUCAAUACUGCGUACGAUUAUGCAUCAAUAAUGCACUAUGAAAAAACUGCAUUUACCAACAACUUUUUACCAACAAUUGAACCACUUCAAGCCAACGUCAAGAUUGGGCAACGUUAUAAGUUAAGUUCCACUGACAUUCAAGAAAUUCAACAAUUCUAUAAUUGUUCAGCAGCUGGAACUUUAUUAACAACAACGCCGACUUCAACAACAACAAAUUUAUUUAGCUCAUUUGAUGAUGCAAACAACGAUAAUUGGGAGUUCAAUUUUACAAUAAAUUUUCCUUCUGCUUAUACAAUGGAUUUUGCUAUCACGACUUACAGUUCAGGUGUAACAGGACCAUUCCAAAUCGUUGCAACCGGCUCCAAUAAAGCGACUUUUGCCAGGAUAAGUAGCAUCGCGAACCCAAGUACAACAUCAACAACAAAACUGACAACAACAACAACAAAAACAACAACAUCGACAACAACAACAACAAAACUGACAACAACUACAAUAACAUCGACAACAACAACAACAACAAAACCGACAACAACUACAACAAAACCGUCGACAACAACAUCAACAACAACAACAAAACCGACAACAACUACAACAAAACCGUCGACAACAACAUCAACAACAACAACAAAACCGACAACAACAUCGACAACAGCAUCGACAACUACAACAAAACCGACAACAACAUCGACAACUACAACAAAACCGACAACAACAUCGACAACAACAACAAAAUCGACAACAGCAAUAUUCACAACUACCACAAUCACGGCAGCUGGAGGAACCAUCAAUGGCAAUACCGUUGAACUUUACAAUACAACGACAAAAAUCUGGAGUGCAGGCCCAUCAAUGUUCGAUGCUCGAAUUCUUCACACUGCUACUCUGUUACCCGAUGGUCGAUUAAUUGCAACUGGUGGUUAUUAUAACAGAUAUCUCAAAACAGCUGAAAUCUACAAUCCUACAACCAAUACCCGGUCAACUAUUAGCAGUAUGAAUACGGCUCGAUAUGGACAUCAAGCUAUCUAUUUGCCAGCACCAUCGAAUAAAUUAUUGGUGAUGGGUGGAGUUGGAAACAACAGUGUUAUGUUACAAUCAUGUGAAUUAUAUGACUUUGCUUCGAAUACGUGGACGUAUACAACUUCGAUGAUUGAAAAACGGGUAUACUUCACAGCAACAUACCUGCCUUCAUUGAGCAAAGUAUUAGCUAUAGGAGGAACUGCUACCUUCCACAAUGUUUCAUAUGUUGAAAUUUUACUCUAA